UCUCUUCUCCCCAAACACUCCCAACCCUAAUCCCGCCCCUCGUCUCCCACCUCUCCUUUCUCCUCCCCCUCCGCCGCCAUGGGAAGGGUCAUCCGAGCUCAGCGUAAGGGUGCGGGAUCCGUGUUCCGCUCCCACACGCACCACCGCAAGGGCCCCGCGCGGUUCCGGUCCCUCGACUUCGGCGAGCGCAACGGGUACCUCAAGGGCGUCAUCACCGACAUCAUCCACGACCCCGGGCGCGGCGCCCCCCUCGCGCGCGUCACCUUCCGCCACCCCUUCCGCUACAAGCACCAGAAGGAGCUCUUCGUCUGCGCCGAGGGCAUGUACUCGGGCCAGUUCGUGUACUGCGGCCGCAAGGCCUCGCUCAUGGUCGGGAACGUGCUCCCCCUCCGAUCCAUCCCCGAGGGUGCCGUCGUGUGCAACGUCGAGCACCACGUUGGGGAUCGCGGGGUCUUCGCCCGAUGCUCCGGGGAUUACGCCAUCGUCAUCUCCCACAACCCCGAUAACGGCACCACAAGGGUCAAGCUUCCCUCUGGUGCGAAGAAGAUCGUACCAAGUGGGUGCCGUGCGAUGAUCGGGCAGGUUGCAGGUGGAGGUCGUACGGAGAAGCCCCUUCUGAAGGCGGGCAAUGCCUACCACAAAUUCAGGGUCAAGCGCAACUGCUGGCCUAAGGUGCGUGGUGUGGCCAUGAACCCUGUGGAGCAUCCCCAUGGAGGAGGUAACCACCAGCACAUUGGCCACGCUUCCACCGUUCGCCGCGACGCGCCGCCCGGCCAGAAGGUCGGUCUCAUUGCCGCCCGCAGGACUGGACGGCUCAGGGGACAGGCCGCCGCCACUGCUGCCAAGGCCGAGAAGGCUACUUAAAUUAUUUCUUUGCGAGUCUCAACUGCUUGGCUUUAAGCUUAAUAUGAGUGAGGAUGUUAAAGUUAGGGUUAGGACCUUAUGCAAUCUUUUUCCGUUAUGGAGAUUAUGGAGGUACUAUUUAUCUUUGUUGUUUGUCUGAAUUUUUGGUGUCUAUUGUUAGUGGUGAAAUAUGGAGAACUGAUGUUUGUUUUUUUUUGGUUCUGAUCAGGAGAUUAUUUUUGUUUCGAUCUUGUUAA